CAGCCUCGCCAUGAACCAGCCGAGCUCCCCAUCCUCAAGAUCCGCGUUCAAACUUUUGGAGCCCGUCUACUCACCCUGACCAUGAAGAGACAAAACGUGAGGACCCUGUCGCUCAUCAUUUGCACGUUCACCUACCUGUUAGUCGGUGCGGCUGUCUUCGAUGCCUUGGAAUCUAAGAAGGAGAAGACCCAGAAAAAGAAAGUGUACGACCGAAAACAAGAGCUUAUGAACACCUACAAUCUCUCUCAAUUCAACUUCGAUGAGCUGGAGAGGGUGGUGUUGCAGCUGAAGCCUCACAAAGCCGGGGUACAGUGGAAAUUCGCUGGAUCUUUUUACUUUGCAAUCACGGUGAUCACGACCAUAGGGUACGGCCAUGCGGCCCCCAGCACGGAUGGAGGCAAGGUGUUCUGCAUGCUCUACGCCCUGCUGGGCAUCCCUCUCACCCUGGUCAUGUUCCAGAGCCUGGGCGAGCGCAUCAACACCCUGGUGCGCUACCUGCUGCACCGCCUGAAGAAGUGCCUUGGCAUGCGGCGCACUGAGGUCUCCAUGGUCAACAUGGUGGCCAUUGGCUUCAUCUCCUGCAUGAGCACGCUGUGCAUUGGAGCACUCUCCUUCUCCUACUUCGAGGGAUGGAGCUUCUUCCACGCCUACUACUACUGCUUCAUCACGCUCACCACUAUCGGCUUCGGGGAUUAUGUGGCACUGCAGAAGGAUCACGCUCUACAGACCAACCCCAAGUACGUGGCCUUCUGCUUCAUCUACAUUCUCACUGGCCUGACCGUGAUCGGAGCCUUCCUCAACCUUGUCGUGCUGCGCUUCAUGACCAUGAACGCAGAGGACGAGAAGCGUGACGCCGAGCAGCGCGCCCUCCUCUCCCGAAACGGCCAGGCCGGAGGGCACAACCACAUGCGCUGCACCCCCGACUUGCCCUCCUCCUCCUCAGCUGCCUCUGGGUGUGGUGGAGGAUCAGGGAACAGUGGUGUGGGGGGAGCAGGGAGGGGGCUGCGAAACGUCUAUGCGGAGGUGCUCCACUUCCAGUCCAUGUGCUCCUGCCUGUGGUACAAGAGUAGGGAGAAGCUGCAGUACUCUAUCCCCAUGAUCAUCCCCCGGGACCUGUCCACCUCGGACACAUACAUGGAGCAGGGGGAGGCCUUUUCCUCCAACCCCCUCCACCCACUUCACUCCAACGGCUGCAUCUGCAGCAUGCACCAUCCCCACUCUGCCAUCAGCUCUCUGUCCACGGGCCUGCACAGUCUUACCCCAUACAGACUAGGACACAGCAAGCGGCGAAGCUCCAUAUAGAGGCCUGGAGGACGCAAUGCAUAUAAAACCAAGCCCCACCUCUUCUCUACCACAUGGAAGGACUGUGGCACUAUUUUAGAUGGACUAAACCAAGAGCGCUCAACUAACAGUCCUCAUGGGAUCACUGUCCUGUGGUGAUUUGUUUUGCACUGGCACUUAAGUGAUCGAUUAAUGUCACUGAUUUUCGAAAAACAAGAAUAGGCCGAAGUUUUGACCCUUGAACUAUAUCUUUACUAUAUUUUCAGCAUCCUUUCACAUUUUGCCGUAUUUAAGGUUGAAGUUCAUGAUCUUCAAUAUUGGGAGAUUGUUUGAAUGAUAAGAGGACAUUGCACUAUGAGAGACAUAUUUUCAUGUGAAAGCGAGGAUUAUUAAUUUGAAGAAACUGUGCAUCAUAAGCCAUACUUGAUUUUAUGUUUGGUGAAGUGAUACUAUUAUUUUUUACAAAUAAUAUUAUCACUUCAAUAUAUCACAAGAGUUAUAUAGAAGUGUUACUCUCAGUAAUCAUCAAUAAAAACAUAAAUAAAAACUCCCAGUAGUCAUCAAUAAAAUAAAUGUAAAUAUAUUUCUCAUAUGAAUACAGUUUUUAACCAACGUAGUUACUAGGGAAGAAGGUAUAUUUUCAGUUAAAGUAUUCUAAAAUCUCAGUCGACUCUGUCUUGAGUCUGUAACUGAUGUUCAGUUUCAAGCUGAACACUUUUGAUCUGCUUUAGUUACUUACUGUAUCUUUCUCUCAAUCCUCAAGACCUAUCAUACUUUGUAAAAAGUAUUGUAAUUUUCUUUCUAAUGCUUUUUUUACAUCCAUAUAAUUGAUUUACUGUAUGUUUGUUAUUCAUUUGUUUUAUGUUUUCAUGAUAGGGUUUUACUGAGAGCAUUUGGGCUCACUGUGUAUACUGUAGUAGACAGUCUAAUUUACUGCUGCACUUUAUAACAUUAUUGUGCUUUAAGGCACUGGAAUUUAUGCUUACUCACCUGAUUUUUUGGUACCUAAAUAAUUUAUUCUUAUAGGUGUAAUGCUCUUAAAUAUUGUCUAAGGGAGAUUUGUAAUACCCUAUGAAAGUGACACACAUUUUUACUUCUGGGAUCCUUGUUUUGUAGGCUUAGAAUUUGCUUCAAAUUUGCAUCGUCAAAUUCAUAUUAAAAUGUAUAUGUAUUUUCAUAUGAAUUAACUUACCAUAUGCCGGUUUUCAACGUGUGUGUGUCAUCCAAGAAGAAGCACAAAUCCAAAAAGCUACAGCUGUUUCAUUUGAACUACACAGGGUAUUGGUUCGGAUGUCUUUUGUCUUUGGUUCAGUUGGUUGAAAUAGAUUUUUAAAUGCCUUUUUCGCAUCCAGAAAAAUAUGUCUACAUCUGGCUGUCAUAAAAACCAAAAUAUGAUGUCUUGACGUUAUGAAAAAUUAUAUAUUUACUUUUAAUCUGUUUAUUUUCCAUCUCCUCAACCAGAAAACCAAUUUAUAACCAGAAACCUACAUCAUUAUGAGGUCACAUGGCACGUUUUGUCGACUGGGAAUGCACAUCUUCAAGCAGAUAGAGCGUCUUUGGUGAGGGUCAUAUGGUUCACAAGUUAAUGAUUUACUGAAUAAUAUUUAUGUUAUAGAGAAAUGAGAUUUGUUUGAAACAUCAUGAGAUGCUACUAUGAAUGUUUAACAGAUUUUAAAUUUAAACUCUUUUUGAUUCAAUCACUUCAGAUUGAUUUGAAGAUUACAAUUUCUUUGAGUUGGAGUUAUUAAUCACAUUUUCUUAAUAAAGUAUAGAAGUUGGAAAUGUAAUACCAACAUUUCUUUUUUAAUUGUAUAUAUUCUGAUUGGGUGAUAAUGGUAACCAAAGUGAAAGUUAAAAUCUCAGUUCAUCACAGUAUUUUUCAACAGCUUGGUGAAUUGUUGAGAAAAAAUAAGAAACCCGCACACUGCCCUUGCUAGUAUCACCGCUCCCCACCAAGCCCUACGUAUCGGCCUCAAGGCAAAAGCAGUGUGUGGGUUUCUUCUUUUUUCUCAAUCUUAUUCAACUGUUUCCAUGAACCUGCAACAAAGAUAGCUCAGAUUUGCGAUUACCUUUUGAAUUUUGAAUUACAGUAUGUAAUUGUUGCCUGGUGGGACAUCAGUAUGUAUUUUAAAUAGUUAAAUAAAAUAAAAGAAUAAUACA